AUGGAUGGCACCAUUCUAAGCAUAGCCGUUUUACUCGUAACGUUGCUGGCUAUUCUUCUUGGAUCUAACGCUCAGAAGCAGAGCCUCGCGCCCGAAAACCGCACAAGAUUGAUCCGAUCUUCCAUCCCGUACGCGAGUGACGGGCGAUCUUGGACGGCGAAACUAUUUUCACGAGGAAUAACGCCGAAGAGUUCCAGAAGAAAUUCGAAAGACGAUGGCGCGCAGCGUAGAUUAUCGAAGCUAACCAAGAAAAUGAAAAAAUGGUUAAAGAAAAAAGAAAAGAAGGCGACAGGUGAAGAAUUCAACCCGAAUAUUGUCGUACUGCCAACGGACGACGCCACACCUUUCUUCCAGCAGAUGAUGCCAGUCAACGGUUCGAUUCCAGACGACGGCUGCGAUUCGAAUUCCGUUCGAUUCGCAAACGACAGAAACUGCUAUCCCGUGCUGGGCAGAGGCCCUUGCAAUGACCCCAAGCAGUGGGUCACAGUGGACCCCUACACAUUCAAGGGACGAUGCACUCCGCGGCUCUGCGGAAGAGAAAGAGUUUUCGUCGUUCGCGAUGGACUUUGUCACGACAUCUACGACCCGAUCGAGUGCCAAGGCGGUCGGCGUCUCUACUAUUCGCCUUACGGAGACCCCAUUUGCGAUUGUCCUAUCGGACAUUAUCCUUUCCCGAACCCUCAGGACGAUUGCGUCCCACUUUUCACUCAAGGCCCGUGCCCCUAUCGCUAUGUUUUAACUAUCGAUUCGGCGGGGAGUUUGAGUUGCACGCCAUCUCAAUGUCCAGAAUUACCAGCCACAGUCUACGGCGACGGUGCCAUCUACGGCCAUUCGCGACAGGUGCAAUGGGUACCGACCAAGAACGGUGUCUGCUACGAGCUGGGAACUAGCGGGCCGUGUUCGAGUUAUGAAUCUCAAGGUCAGCUGUUGGGCUAUGACGUGUUGAAACGCCAACUGGAAUGCGUCGAUAUCACCAAUUCUACUUCGCCCUAUUUCUCUUCGUGCGAAGAAAAAGAUUUACUCGACAGCGUUUACGAUCAGUUUCAUCCGGAAUACGACGUCUUCCGCAUCUGGUUGGCCUAUCAGAGUCUUCACUUAGAAGAGGCGGUCAAGUACGGGAAGAAAAAGAAGAAUAAAAAGACCAUCAAAGGCGGCGGAUACGAACGUAGGCAACAGGGAACGUUAGGAGCCAUUCAAUUUCCCAGCAGCAACAUACCUUUGCUCAAUCCGACUCGGACUGGAACCGGACAGGGCAAAGGCACCAACCCGAUAGUACCCGACCGCAACCGAAGGGAGGUGCAGCAAGUUGUUAAGCCGGGCAGUGCAACAAACUGUCAAGGCAGGCAAGUGUUCAACGCUGCAACUGGUCAGUGUCGAAACGCAUUUUAGCUUCCAGCUUCUUAUUUAUACAUCGUACACCAUAAGAGGGCAUUCUUCCAUAGUUUUGUUAAAUAGACCUUAUUUCAAAUAAAUACAUUUGUUCAAUAUAUAUCUGUGUAAAUUCAGCUGUAAAAAUAUAGAGGCCUACCAAUA